AUGGACAUAAACUUACUUUCACCGAUUGAGAAAAAGGCGUUGGACGACUUUCUCGACAUUGUGAACAAAUCGCGCAAUCAAAAUGCCGAAAAGCAAAUGCUGCCACGCUCUGCUUUGAAAUUCUUGAUGGCUCGAAAGUUUGACGUGCCAAGAUCGCUUCAACUGUACCAGUCACAUGAAACAGUACGGAUAAGAGAAGGUAUUGUCAAGUUUGAUCCCCAUACAGAUCCUCUGAAGCGAGAACUAGAAACGGGAAAGUUUACCAUUCUGCCUGCAAUUGAUAAAAAUGGGUCUAUGAUCGCACUGUUUUCUGCGGGAAAACAUUCUCCCACUGAGACGACACAUCAGACGACACUCCAAGGCGUGGUGUACCAGCUUGAUGUGGCCCUCGAUGACUACGAUACUCAACGAAACGGAAUUAUUUUCAUCUACAACAUGACUGGCUCAAAAUAUACCAAUUUCGAUUAUGACUUGUCUCAGAAGAUAUUAAACCUCCUAAAGGGCGCCUAUCCAGCACGUCUGAAGAAGGUGCUCAUCGUAACAGCGCCGCUGUGGUUCAAAGCACCGUUUCGCAUACUGCAACUUUUUGUUCGUGAGAAACUGCGUGAUCGAGUUCAUAUGAUCAACGCUAGCCAACUACCGCAACACAUACCGAAGGAGUGUUUGCCUGAAGAGCUCGGUGGCACGUUAAGAAUUGAUCAUGGCACUUGGCUUGCACACUGCCUGAAGGUGCACCAGGAUGACAUGGGUGAUCUGUGUCCCUCAGUACCUGCAGACAGAAAACUGUUCUCCACUAUUACCUCCUCCAUCAGCGGCAGUCCUGCUGGCUCCUCUGCCGGCUCUUCCGCCAACUCCUCUCCAGUGGGCACGAUAAAGAAAAAUGGUGAUCUAUCGAAAACGCUCGCAAACGGUGAUGCUUCAUGUGAUCUACUGGCCAUCAAUACGGAGAUCACUGACGCACAGAACGGCUCACUAUCCUCAUACUCUGAGCUGGAAAUCUAUGAAGAGAUUCCCGAUGAGUUCGAAGCUACCGGUGUCUCACUGCAGGAGUUCAUUGAAAAUCUGAACAUUAAAGGGAAGAAGGGCCUGCACGACGAGUACAGCUUUAUCAAGAGCAAUCCUCCUACGGGCUCCUUUGAGAUUGCACGGUCAAGGGCGAAUGCAACAAAGAAUCGGUACAUUGACGUGCUCUGCUAUGAUCACACGAGAGUAAAGUUACCGGUGAUUGACGACGACCCCAGUACUGAUUACAUCAAUGCCAACUAUGUCGACGGUUACAGACAGAAACGAGCUUUCAUCUCUACCCAAGGUCCACUGACGAGAACCUUUCACGACUUUUGGAGAAUGGUUUGGCACAACAAGUGCAUUGUUAUUGUGAUGACCACACGGACAGUGGAGCGGUGUCGAGUGAAGUGCGAUCAGUACUGGCCACUCGACCAGAAGACCUACUGCGCGGUGGGCAACUUUACGAUCAUCAACAACUCCAUCGAGCAGGACAAGGACUGGGUCAUUAGCAAUCUAACACUGGUCAACAAGGACACGGAGGAAAAGAGAACUGUGGUGCACAUGCAAUUUUCCAGUUGGCCGGACUUUGGUGUACCACAAUCGGCCGUUGCAAUGUUGGAGUUUCGUCAGAAAACCCGAGACUAUCAAAAGCAAUACUUGAAGCACAUAGAGUGGAAAGGUCACCCACUAGGACCGCCGAUCGUUGUUCACUGCAGUGCAGGCAUCGGACGAACUGGUACCUUCAUCACAAUUGACAUCUCCAUUCAGCGUCUGGAAGCAUCAGGCGUUAUCGACAUUCAAGGCACCGUCGAGAAGAUCCGCUCUCAACGCGCUCACAGUAUUCAGAUGCCCGAUCAGUAUGUCUUCUGCUGUCUGGCGCUACUGGAGUUUGCCACGUGCAAUGGUUAUCUCCAGACGAUUGAUCUGUCGCGUUUCGAAGACGACGAACAGUCUGACGCAGAAGAGUAA